AAAAAAAAAAAAAAAAAAAAGGGGUCCCAGUUAGUCGACGCGCAGGUCUGGAUGCGCACGUGAGCCUUAUGACUUUUGGCGGGACUGCAAAUGGGCGGCAAAGGUGGCAACCUCUACCUCAGCAUGUUGAGCGGCGCCGAGGCGCAGACCCUGGCGAAGACCCCCGAAGGGAGCGGACACCUCCACCGCGGCGGCGCCAAGGACCUGGCGGACUUGAAGAUGGGCAUCCAGGACGCGCGGUUCUACUACCCGGACUCGGUGGCGGGCGCCCAGGACGCCCUGGCCCUGCAGUACCACGCGGAGCAGGCGGCCGGCGGCUUCGGGGCGCAGCCCGCCCGCUUCUACGCGCAGACGCUCGCCGGCUGCCCGUACGGGGGCGUGCAGCGCUCGCCGCCGAGGAGCGCCGCGGGACCGGGCUACGGGGACGGCUUCCCCGCGGCGGGCAAGGACUCGUACCCGCCGUCGCCGGAGAGCUUCGCGGCGGGCUACCAGCGGGCCGGCCUGUACCCGCUGCCCGGCCUGCAGCUGUGCGGCAAAACGCAGGCGCUCCUCAACAACUACCCGCUGUGGGCCAAGUUCCACAAGUUCCACACCGAGAUGAUCAUCACCAAGCACGGCAGGAGGAUGUUCCCCUUCCUGAGCUUCAACAUCAGCGCUCUGGACCCCUCCGCCCACUAUAACGUCUACGUGGACGUGGUUCUGGCGGACCAGCACCACUGGCGCUACCAGGGGGGGAAGUGGGUGCAGUGUGGCAAAGCGGAGGGCAACAUGCCAGGAAACAGGACGUACGUGCACCCCGACUCGCCCAACACGGGCGCACAUUGGAUGAGACAGGAAGUGUCCUUCAGCAAACUCAAGCUGACCAACAACAAAGGCAGCACCAACAACGUGGCACAGAUGAUCGUGCUUCAGUCUCUGCACAAAUAUCAGCCUCGUCUUCACGUGGUGGAGGCCAAGGAGGACGGCUCGGAGGACGCCUUCCAGCCGUCCAAAGCUCAAAGCUUUGUCUUCCCCGAGACGCAGUUCAUCGCCGUCACCGCCUACCAGAACGCAGACAUCACACAGUUGAAGAUCGACCACAACCCCUUCGCCAAGGGUUUCCGGGACAGCUACGACACUUUGUACGCGCCCCCCGACCGCCUCACCCCCUCCCCCACAGACAGCCAAGCGUUGCUGGCGGGGGGCUGCUACCCUCCAGGCUACCUGAGCGAGCCGUACAUCAGCCCGCUGCCCCAAAGUCGCUUCUACGGCCGCGAGCCCGUGACGGGGGCCCAGCAUCACAAGGACCCCGCCUCCAGCCCGGGGCCCCACUGGUACCUGCCGUCCCAGCAGGCCGUCACCCCCAACCGCCUCGACUUCGCGUCGUCCUUCGAGGGCGACUUCUCGGGAGGCGGCCUCUACAAGCCCUUCCCCCUCCAGACACCCGCCCUCAGCUACUACCCCGAGCACCCGUUCGCCUCCACCAGCGUGUCGGUGGCCACCACGGCGGCAUGGACCGCCACCCGGCCUCCCGCUCAGUACCUCAGCCACCCCGGGAAACCCUCCCCCAGCCUGGCCUGGUUCAGACCGCUCGCCACCUCCCCCUCGUCGCCCGGCAACGCCCGGCCGCACCUCGCCUCCCUGCUGGAGCCCCCCUUACCGGGUGACAAGGCGAAGGAGGCGGGGGAGGAGCAUUGGCUGGCGCCGCCCUCGGUGAAGUCGGCCCACCCGACAGACUCACCGCUGUUUGCGGGCGAGGUGAAGAAGAGGAGGGUGUCGCCCAACACCUCCAGUGGCGAGAACUCGCCGCCGCUACAGCAUGCAUCGGAAGUGUGCGACAAAGACAGCGACUACUUUGGAUAUUACACCCACUGAACGUCACGCCCCCCCCAAACCCCCCCCCCACCAUGGCCCCGCCCUCCCACUCACACCUGGAUGAGGUCCCCGCUGAACAUUUGUGCGGCCCCUCACGAGGACGUUUGAAGGCCAACGUCACACAGCAGGACGUGGAGAGGAUGCGACGUGUCCGCAGAAAGGACGCCCCGAGGUCACCUGAACGCAACACACACCGGCGACCGCCGCCUCGGAAACAUCUGGAUUGUUUAAAAAAAAACAAACAUGGGCAUAUCUUGACAAGAGCCUGCAGGCCUUGUCUCCUGUUCUUCUCCUCUUCCGCCGUCAAACACCCUCUUUUCUCACCCUCUCCUCCUCCUCCUUCUCCUCGGACCCGCAGCUCACUUGGCGCACUCUAGUGGCGGCGCACAGUACUGCAGGCUUGGUUUUCUUACUCAAAUGAAUGCAUUUUUCAUCUUCACUGCUAAAUGAAGGAACAUAUGCAAACUUCUUACAGCUAAAAUAAUAGCAGGACCUUUGAAUCUCAACAAAAUGAUUGAGCUUUUAUAAAACAUACAGAGCGGAACUGUUGGUUGUGAAGGUUACCAAGACAAGCGCCAAAGCACGGCUGUCCAAAACACGGCUCGUAGCUCAUUUUUUAACGGCCCGCGGCACAAUCGUUAGCAUUCUGAUAUUAGCGUGUUAGCUUUUUCGCUAACAGUCGUAUUUGGUGCAUGCUAACGUUAGCAUGCUAGCAUUUAAAAAUUCAGGUACACACCUGAGAAUAAUUUGGUGCUUAAUGCACGCUAACAUUUGCAUGAUAGCAUUUUAAACAGGUUCACACACAGUAAUAUAUUUUGCUACUUGACACGUUAUAGUUAGCGUUUUCGCAUGCUAACUUUAAAAUGCUAGCUUUUUUUAGCUAAUUCAGCAGGUAUACAACUCCGUGUCAUAGAUUCUGAUAUUCCAUUAAUGCCAAUUGUAAGCAUGUUAGCAUAGUACUGUUAGCAUGCCAGCUUUAUUAGUUCAUUUUGCUCAUAUCCUUGUUACUUGAUGCCAUCUGGCCAGCGUGCUAAUUGUUAGGUACACACCUGAGAGUAAUUUAUUACGGUACUUGACACAUGUUACAGGUAGCGUUUUAGGAUGUUAACUUUAACAUGGAAGCUUUUGCAGCUAAUUUAGUAGGUAUACCUCAGUCGUAUUUUUGCACUUGAUGCAUGCUAACCCUAGCAUGCAUAAACACAUUUUUCCGGUACACACCUCGGAGUAACAUAUUAUGGUACUUGACGCAUGCUACAAUUAGCAUUUUAACAUGCGAACAUUAACAUGCAAGUUAUGCAUGCUAAUGUUAGCAUGGUAGCAUUGAAAAAAAAUGCAGGU